UUGGUGUCUCAUAAGGCUCCUUCCUUUUCUUAUUGGUCACUGUGUCCCUGAGGGUGACAACACUUGGGAAAUUAUCAUGCUUCUCAAAGAUGUGGUUGAGCUAGCUGUUGCACCAAGGCAUACUGAGGAGACACUGCAUUUCCUGGACUGUAAAAUAGCAGAGCACAGACAGCUGCUGCUGUCAACAUUUCCAGAUUUUCAUUUAAGGCCAAAACAUCACUUUUUGGAACAUUACCCUCAGCUUGUAAGGAAAUUUGGUCCCCUGUGUGAUGUUUGGACAAUGCGCUUUGAGGGGAAGCACAAGUUCUUUAAAAAGGCAAUUCGCAAUGUGCAAAACUUCAAAAAUGUUGCCAUGACACUUGCUACCAAACACCAGAAAGCAGUCAGUUACCACCUUGACUGUAGCUCCUUUUUCAGACCGUCAGUUGAGAUGACAAAAGUUACCCCAGUUUUGCUUGCCUCUUUUCCUUUGAACGUUCAGAGAGUAAUUGCGCAAAACAUUACAAAGCCUGAGUCGGUUCUUAAUGCAUCAUCUGUUUGUGUAGAUGGAAUCAAAUAUCAUCCCGGCAUGAUACUCUCUACUGGCUCAUGCUCCGGUCUCCCUGAAUUUGCCCAGAUUCAAAAAAUUGUGGCUGUUAACACAGAAAUUAUGUUUGUUUGCCACAAAAUGACAGCAUGGUAUUGUGAGCAUUUAAGAUCUUACCAACUUGUCUGUAAUGAGGUCCCCUCUUUGGUUGUGGUUCAGAUGUCAGACUUGAAUGAUGUCUUCCCAUUAUCAGCAUAUAGGGUACAAGGAGAAUUUAUGGUAACACUGAGACGAUAUGUUAUUUGCUAAAUACCUGUCUUUUAUCAUGAUUUCCCAGAUGGCUGAGCAAGAGAAUAUAACCAUGAGGGUUAUUGUCUCCGAGGGAGAUAUAAGAAAGAUGACGACAAAACGACCUGACACGCUUGACGAUUUGAUUGGCUGGCUCAAAGGCACUCUCAAAGCAAACUAUAGUUUCACCUUACAGUACCAAGAUCCUGAAUUUAACAAUGAACUGUGUAACCUCACCAAUCUCUCUGAGCUCCCAGAGAAGCCAACAAUCAAAAUCAUCCCUAUGAUUGAGCUGGUACCAAUCUCAGCCGACACUGAAUCAUAUGGUGACACAAGCAGCCAGGCAGACACAGAGAUCCUGUCCAGCUCCUCUCUGGAUAGAAGUUUUCAGUGGCCAGAGGUAUUUGACGUUCCCAAAUUUUCGGUUGAUGUUGAGUACAGACUUCGUCAAGGUAACCUGUUGUAUCUGAGAGAUGGAACAUGUCUUAAGGUGACAAAAGAGAUGAAACAUGAUAUACUGGAGAAAUUGGCCGAGACCAUGUAUGCAUUUAAAGCAUAUCCAGAAAAGGAAGAUUUUGAAGCAGUUGCAAAAGCCUUAGUACAAACCCACCCGUGUCUCAAAGAAUCAGGGUCAUCCUCCGGCUGGAAUGGAUGGAAGAACAGUCUCAAGUUCAAGAUGGGAAACUACAGAACCAAAAUGCGCCAGAUUGGACGAGUUGAUGUCACUGUCAAUGGUGGUAAACGUGGAAGGUACACUGCAAAUGCCGACCCUUCUCACAAAGGCAUAAAAAAGCCAAGGAAAGGAGAAUUAAAUUUCCUACCUGAAUAUCCAGAGGGGAGGGUUGACCACAACCUGGAAGAAGCUCGCCAGGUUUUGGUCAAUGAAAUGAUGAAGACAAAGCCAAAUGGGUCCCUUGUUAAGAAAGAGAUGGACCUGACAUUUGCGCUUCGGAGAAAAGAAGUUGUCCAAAACAAGCCUGCCAUCAGCCAGAUGUUACAUCGAUGGCCAGCUCUUUUCACAGAAAGCCAGGUUUAUUACGAGUUCUCCAGAGUGGUGGGGAAAAGUCUGCAAGAUAAUUUCUUUGAUGAACUUGACCGUUUCUCUCCAAGGCUGAUGGACCUCUUUCGGAAGAAGAAAGGCCUUACCGGCCAGCUUUUGGCUGAGCUUUUACGUCAGACAAAGACCACUGAGCCAACAGACAUCAGGUGCCUAUGUCUUCGGGGACUGCCUGUCAUCUUGGCGGAUGAUUCUUCUGCCUUCUUCAGGACAUGCUCUUUAAGUUAAUUUGUUUUUGUAAAUGUUGCAGGUGCAUGCUCCCUUUGUCUCCUUUUUAGCUGUUAAUGAACACUGCCAUUCAUUUUCAAAAUUAUUUGAUCAGCAUCAGUGUCUCCAUUAAGUCUCUAUUUUAUGGCCGAGCAAAGAUAGUUUACCCACUUUCAGUCCCAGUCCUAUUGAAAAAGUUGAAAAUUGCUCCCAAUAACUAAAGUUGUAUGAAUCCUUUUACAAUUUCCCAAUUAGUUUUUUAACUUUACUGUCACCAGUUGGAACUUGUGAAAAUGUUUUGGGGUCUAAAACUCAAAUGGGGAGUUCUGAUUGCACUUGUUAGGUUCUGGUUGCUCCAUUGAAAAAAAAAAUUCAGCAUGGCUGUGACUCAAAGUGAGUAAACUACAUAUUUUGGGCAAAGUGUUGCAACCUGUACAGAUCUGAAUAUGGCAUUUGAUAAAAAUUCAAUAUCGUCCUUUUAAUAUGAAUUACUUUCAGUGUGGUUUAUGUUGUACAAUGCUGUUCAUUAUGAACAGUCACAGGUUAUUUUUGGUGCACAAAAACCAUUUUCUAACUGGCAUGUUUAUGUUCUCUCCUUGUCAAAAUGUUUCUUUCAAUGAUAGGAUGUAACUGACAAGGACUCGUACAGUGAAACUCCAGUGGGAAUUCUCUGCCUUGGUCAAGAAAAUACCCAGCUCAACCCAUCCAGAGUAGGGAUCAUCUUGGAAGGGUCUGUGGUAAUGGAUGAACUGUCCAACCUACCUCAGGCCUUCUGUGUCCUUUUCGGACUGAUCUAUGCCCUGCACCUGGACUACCCCAAGUGCAUGAAAAACACUUUCAAUUUUAUUCAGCAAGUAAUGCUCAAACUGGGUAAAAGUGAGCUGGUACCCAAAAUUCAAACUUUGAAAAAUCAGCUGGAAGCAUAAAUCGGGGUUCGUAAUGGCUCUUCUACUGUUCCAGAUUUGUUUGCCACAGUUUGCAAUGUUGGACUUGACUGAUGAAAACAUGUUUACUGUUGUGUAAGGUUUGGGGUACAUGUGUUCUGUGGUAUUUGCACUGAUUUUUGCACAAGAUUCCAUGACACAGGCUUUGAUAAAAUUUAAUUUCAAAUGAGUUGGGUAUUUUAGUUACAUUACCAACUAAAAGCUGAUGCAUCUUGGUGCAUUUUGGAUUUUCAAGAUAUAUAGAGUAGAUAUUUUAGUCAUGUGUGUUCAACUAUAUAAAACAUUUCCCUAAUAGGAGUGUAAGUUAUAAUACAGUUUUAAUGUGAUUUGUUGUAAUAAUGAUGUACACAUGCCUGAGCACAAUAAGUGUUUUUGUUGGCAUGAUGGUGCUUUGUUUUAUGCAAUGUUCAGGGCAUGAAUGACACACAUUUUGCCACUGUUUCUGGCUUAUGAUUCAAGGUUGUUAAAGCAGGGGACAACAACCCUGUAACUUAAUGCUGUUUUUAAAUAAAACAGUAAAAAAAAAUUACUUUUGUAUUGCGUAUUUGUCUUAAUUUAAACGUUCUAGUUUAGCACAUGCAAUGAAUACAAAGGUUUAGUUACUUUAACUUAAAAUAGUAAGUGGAGUUCAUGUGACAAGGCAAUUGAUAUUACAAGAGAUUGUAAGUAAAAUCAACUUGGCAUUCAGUAUAUUGAACUUAAAAUAAUAAUUCCACCCUUUCAUGCAUUUAAGUUAAAUGCACUCAAGUUUUCAUAACCCAUUACUUAAAGUUUUUAAGGCAACCGGUUUCCUCAAAUUUUUUAAGUAAAUUCAACUUAUCCGGGC